AUGGCUCCCACGCGUAUGAACGUGCUGGUCUACUCGGACAUUGGCAGCACCGUUGACUCAGUUCGGCAUUGCCUCUACACAUUGCGCGAAUUAUUGAGUCCUACUUAUGCAGUCAUUCCAGUCUCUGGUGAUCAGAUAAUCAAAGAACCAUGGCCUUCGAGCUGCGCCGCUGUGGUUUUUCCUGGAGGUGCCGACAAAGGUUACUGCCGCACAUUGAAUGGCGAGGGGAACCGCCGAAUUCGUCGUUUUGUGGAAGCUGGAGGAAUCUACAUCGGGUUCUGUGCUGGAGGCUAUUACGGUAGUGGAAAAUGUGAGUUCGAGGUCGGUAAUAGACUGCUCGAGGUUAUUGGCGACCGCGAACUGGCAUUCUUCCCUGGUAUUGAUCGAGGGGGUGCCUUUCCUGGCUUUGUCUACAAUAGCGAGAAGGGCGCUCGUGCGGCAGAACUACAAGUCAACAAAACUGCGCUUUCUUCAGGCGCUGUUCCAAAUGUCUUCCGGUCAUACUACAACGGUGGGGGAGUCUUCGUCGAUGCAGCCAAGCAUCGUAAUAAGGGUGUUGAGAUUCUGGCCAGUUAUACUGAAGACCUUGCUGUUGACGCCGGCGAAGGAGCAGCAGCGGCAGUGUAUUGUAAGGUUGGAGCAGGUGCUGCAUUACUGACUGGUCCUCAUCCAGAGUUCGUCUUCUGCGGCAAGCCAAUAGACGAUUGGUCACUAAUGAAGCCUAGAUUUGCCGCGGCAAAGAUGGAGAAGAAGGAAGACGUUCCUGGGUUCCAACACAUAAUCGAUGUCCUCGCUGGAGACGAAAAGCACAGGACGGAUUUCAUGAAAGCAUGCUUGACAAAACUUGGGCUCAGCGUGACUGAGGAGCAAAAUGUACCCUCCCUUUCUCACAUCCAUCUUUCCUCUCUUCAGGCAUCCAAAACCAGCGAGCUUCUGAGAUCUUUGAAGGAGAUCGUCACGAGUGAGGAAGGGGAAGAAUAUAUCGAAGACGAUAAUGACAAGUUCCACAUCAUUAAGCGAUCGGUGUGGAGCUUAGGCAGUCUCUACCAAGCUUUGCCCUCAUUAUUGAAGGACGAGAAGACUGACCAUGAUACGGGUAGUGGGAGCGACAAGGACGGGAUAGCCGACUAUAAUACCAUCACUAAGGAAGUGCUUGUUCACGAGCUUGACCAUCCCACUAUCGAAGACACUCCGUACUUCGACCACGAGUCUUAUUACAACAACGUCUCCCUUUUUAAUACAGCAACGCCAGGUGCCCAAUCAAGCUUCGGCCAUCAUCUGCUCUAUGGAGAAGUCCUAACAAGCACCAACACGCUUCUCGAAAAGAAUACACAGCUCCUCCGCCGUCUCCCAACCGGCUUCACCGCUGUCGCAACUUCUCAGCUUGCAGGCCGUGGUCGUGGUUCCAACGUGUGGGUCUCGCCGCCAGGCUCGCUAAUGUUCAGCAUAGUGAUCCGACAUCCCAUGUCAUUGAUGCAACAGGCACCUGUGGUCUUCGUGCAGUAUCUGGCCGCUCUCGCGAUCAUCGAGGGAGUCAAAUCCUGUGACAAGGACCUCUAUAAAGACAUACCCAUCAGACUCAAAUGGCCGAACGACAUCUACGCUCUCAAUCCCGCCAGAGCCGCCUCAACUUCAUUCUCCAUCACCGACACAGCCAACGAGAGCAUCAAGUCCACCAUCAACCAAGACCAAUACAUCAAAAUCGGCGGCAUCCUAGUGAACUCGCACUACAACGCGCAAGACUACAUAGCCGUCUGCGGCAUCGGCCUCAACCUCUCCAACAACGCUCCCACCACCUCCCUCAACGCCUUGCUCCCAUUCCUUCCGACCCAAACAACACAGACUCCACCGCCACCCCUGGCCCCGGAAAAACUCCUCGCCUCGAUCCUCACCUCCUUCGACCGCCUCUACACCCGUUUCCUGCGCACGGGAUUCGACGACCACUUCCUCGACAUGUACUACGCGCACUGGCUGCAUCAGGACCAGACCAUCACCUUGGAAGCGGAAGAGGGACAGCCUCGCGCCAGGAUCAGGGGUCUCAGCCAGGAUUACGGAUUGCUGGUCGCGGAAGAGGUCGAAGAAGUCGUUGGCAGGGCAGGGGAGUGGAGAGGCACAGGAAGACUGUGGAAGCUGCAGAGUGAUUCGAAUUCUUUUGAUUUUUUCAGGGGCUUGGUGAGGAGGAAGUUGUGA